AUGCAUAUGUUGAGGAUCUAGGAAUAUACCUCAAUCAUUAAUCGGAGAGUUUAUUUACGUCUAUGGAAGUCUUGCUACGAUAGAAGGGACUGGUUAAGAAUAGUAAAGAUGAUCGUCAUGGAGGAAUAAUUCAUUUUCUCUUACUGAUCUUUGCUACCAGCAGUUUGUGGUUCACAGUAAGACCGAGAAGCAGUAACUCAGUAUGCCAGAUGAAGAGAGUGAACAAUCUGGACCAGAGAGGGAAAGCCCAGCACCACCCCAAGCUGUCACCCAUCAGAGUACCAGUAGUCAAUGUGACCUUCAGAUAAUGAGUGAUACAGACACCAGUAAUGCUUCUGUCACAGCAGAGUCUGUAUCAUCUACUGACUACAAGCUAAGGAAUAGGCCCAAAUCAACACCGAAUCACUUCCGAACUCAGACGGCGCCACCACGUCUUCAAAGACAGAGGAAACCUUCCAAACCUUCUAAACCAAGACAUCAACAAGGAAAUUCAGGAGAUGACAUAUCAGAAGUCUCAUCUGAAUCAUCUUUAGAUCAAGCCUACUCUUACCGCAUCACCAGCCAAAUCUCCAAGGAUGCUCCAGGCUUCUACGAAUACCACCGGCCUUACUCAGUCUAUCGGAAACCUCUGCGGCGCCCUCUCAGUCUUCCCUCAGCGUUUGAUGACAGUGAGAAACUUCACCACCCUGGCCUUGAUCCCGGACAGAGAGAGUAUCUUUGGCACACUGCGAGUGUAUACAGUGUAGGCAAUCUCAAACAGCUUCAACAGAGGAGAUAUAAGCAGUCUCUAGAUCACCAGGUAGAGAUAGGUUUUCAUAGUAGGGAAGAGUGCGAUCGAUACUAUAGAUACUUGAUGAGGUCCAGAAAGAGACAGUAUGAAACUGAUACCAGUGUUUGGCGAUCCCCACCAAAGUUACCUGUCAGGCCCAAGUAUUUUCAGAGGAGACCUCGUGCCCAGGAAGAGGUUGAGGAGGCAAGGAAGGUCAACACAGGUUACUACAGAGGUCAAAGUUCAAAAGAGAAAGGCUCUAAGGAAAACUUGAGUGAUUCAAUGGAGAAGCUAAGUUUGUUCUACAGCACGGACCUUAAGAGAACUCUCCCAAGAAAACGCAAGGACAGUGUGGAAUAGACUUGUAAUAGUACUUAAUCAGGACUAAGUCCGACUUAUAGAAGAACCAAGUCUGUUUCACAGUACCAACCAUAUGAGAACUCUCCCACAAAAUGCAAGGACAGUGUAAAGAUGUGUAAAGGAACUAAAUCAGGCCAAAGACAACAGGGCCCUGGGAAUUAAUUUUUGCAGGGGUGCAGAAGUUAAAAAAAAAAGGGUUUUCACUUCAUAAUAAAUAUCAGUUUUUAGAAGUCACCCCCCACCCCCUCGAAACACAAAAUGUUGGUCAUUUUCCUUUACAUUUCUCUAUUUGCCACACCUAUCAGAAUUCUAGGGAGUGUUGCCUUUGGAUAAUAAUAUACGCAGCACACCCUGGGAAAAUCCACUUCCCAAGACCAUUUAAGACACACUCACAGAAGAACCUAGUCUGUUCUACAGUUUCAAUCAUGAUCACUGGAAUAAAUUGAACCAAGUCUGUUCUACAGUUUCAAUCAUGAACAUUGGCAUAAAUUCAAGUGAUGAACCUAUUGUUCAGGGGAGGGGGAUGAACUUUUAUUUCAUCUCCCCCACACUUGAAUAUUAUGACAUCAUGGAUUUACUCCCAUGACUGUCAGAGGUCAUCUGGGGUCAAAAGGUCAAAUAUUAUGAGGUUGUGUCCAUCCUUCCUUGAAUGUUUGGUUUAGCUUGCACUCAUUUCGGGAUUUCUUCAUCAAUUUUGAUCACACUUGGUACAUAUGAUCCUUGGGUAAUACCACAUGUGUGUUUUUGAGGAUAAGGCCAAAGGUCUGCUUGGUCUCAAAAGAUCAUAUUGCAUAUUUUCUUGAUCGCAAUAUCGGGCAAGACUCGUAGUUCAUGAACCCCCUAUUUUGGGGGGUGGGGGGUCGCGCUCUUUAGGACUUUCAGUCUUUCCAGCCUCCAAAAUACCCUAGGAGUCUUUUGCAAAGAAUAGUUUUAUUUUGUUUUUUAGUUGCAUGCAGUGCAUAACGCAACUAAGGACCUUUUUUUUUUCAGUUUUCAUCGUGAACAGACUAACGCCCUCGCAUGGUAUAUGGCCAACCACCAGGCACAGGUAUUUUUGCGAAUCGACCCUGAAAAUCACAAGGAUUCCAUGGAAUACUGCCAGAAUUUCUCUUUGUUUUGAAAAUACAAAAAUUUACCGAAACUAAAAUGGCAGGUUACGCUCUGAGAUUAAACUGCUUCAUAGGUUACCACUUUGCAAAAUUGAAAUGAAUACAGUAGAGUUCAUUUAAAGGGCGAUACUUUCAGACUUGCAUGUUUUGUUUCACACAUACAUUGUGAUAUUUGAACAGGUGCAUAUUGGUGUGUGACGUCAUGAUUAGUCUUACUAAAGAAGCCCUUAUAAUUUUAAAAAUUUUGAAAAAACUGGUAAAGUGGGUAAAGGCUCAUGUCAUGUAUGUGCAAAACUGACUUUUGUGUGAUUUACCAGCAUGCAAAAUAACAAAGUGUAGACCCUACUCUUCAUAGUUCAGAGGUUGUGUUUUUACUAAAGUACUUAGACCUUGAUAGAGCGCUGUGAUGUGAUUACAUGAGUAAACGUUGCAGGCGGGUCAGCCCUAUUCAGGUCAACUCUUAAUUUUAUAAACCACCCUAGAACUGAUUGAAGUGUCUAUGUCUCUAAGAUGAAUCCAUCCUUAGAAAAAUUCCUAUAUUUAUGAACCAUGUUAGAAAUCAAUUGUAAAAUAUAUUCUGAUUUUUCCAUAUUAUAUUGCCGUGAAUUUUAUGCCCCUUGGAUUUUUUGAUUAUGCCAUACUCAGAAAAAUUCAAAUUUUUUAAAACCAUGUCAGAAAUCGAAUGUAAAAUAUAUUCAUAUUUUUCUAUUUUGUGUUGCUGUGAAAUAUAGAAUAAUUAUGUGCCUUGGACAUUUUGAAAUAGAUUAAAGUGCCUACAGUAUAAAUGUAGUUCUGUGUAAAAUGCAUGUUUGAUUUUUUUUAUAUAGAAGGUGAACAUGUACUGUAUGUUCAUAGACAUUUUUUCAUGUCCUUAUUCUGUUCUUAAUUUAAUGCUAAUUUGCUAUCCUAUUUGAGUGUCCAUACAUGUAGGAUUUCUUUCUUUUUUUUUCAAUUAUUGAGUCCAUGCAGACAUUUUAAAAUGCAAUUCUAUAAGGUAUUUUUUGUUUGUUAUUGUUUGUAUUCAUCCAAACAGUUAUUCUGAUGGCCCUCUCACAUACAUAUAUUGAUAUCAAAAUGAUAAUGGUAUUGAUAGAUAUUAAUUAGUGAAAGUUGGUUCAUGUAUAGUGUUUGAUUGCCUAGAACUGUCAAAUAUGAUACCUCCACUGCAUUAUCCCAGUCUGUACAAGAUUUGUACUGUUAACCAGAAAAACCCCUGUCCUUUGUCUUUUCUUUCUCUGCCAUAUAAAGGAAACUUGGCAAGGUCCUCCCAACCCUCAAAAUUACCUUACUGUAGCAUAUCAUUUGAGCAGGACUUGAAACAAAUCAAAUACAAAGUUUCGGUAUCAUCAACAUAAAAUGUUUACCAGGAACGUUGAUAUAACCUUUAAUAAUAAUAAUAUUUAUAGGGCGCUUUAUACUGGUUGUUUCAAAGCGCACAGGUUGGCAGAUUAUAAUAAUAUAGUCAAUCCAUUAAAAAAGAAAACAAGUUAUGAGAAAAUGUGAGUUUUAAGGGACGAUUUGAAAAUAUCCACGGAGGGAGCAUUUUGGAUAUGUGUUGGGAGUUUAUUCCAGAGGGUGGGAGCAAUUACAGAAAAUGCACGAUCACCAUAUCGGGUCUUAGUGCGAGGGCCAUGAAUUAAUACCUGCAAUGAUUUACAUAUUUAGAUACAAAUAUUAAAGGGUAAACUCAUUCAAUUGUAAUUUUUGUUUCAUGAUUUGCUGUUAUAGGCAUAAUUAUUGAAACAAUGAUACAUGCAUAUUUUAAUUUAGGGCAAAGAUCUAUAAUCUGCACUCAGAACCAGUGUAUUUUCCCUUGUUGUAAAUAUUGAUGCAGACGUUCAAAACAGUAUUCAUCUUUUUUUUUUCAAUUUUCCAAAGAAUAAUUGUAUAGAGAGAAUCUAUUUUGAAUAGAGGUUGUAUAUGAUACACCACAUUUUGUUCCAGGAAAAUUAAAAACAGAUUAGA